AAGUAGCAUCGUUAGUAGCAUGUAGAUAUGUGUCCCUUGUAAACUGUAUUUUUACCCCUAUCAUCGGUUGAAAAGUGCAGAACGUCAGUAGCUGAUGCACUUCUCAGCCGGUAAACACCAGUCGCUGCUCGCUUGGUCAAUUACUAGGCAGCUGCGCUGCGACAGCAGUAAUCGGGACCAAAACUAAAGCUAUAGACAGCAUUAGACGCUCUCCGUUUUGUUUCCCGCAUUGUGAUCCGCGCGUCAUGAGUUGCAAAAAUAAUUAUCACAUAAUCUCCACGACGAGCGUUGUUUAGUUGAUAGCAAUUAUCAUCAGUAUCGAAUCAGCAGUACAGUUGGUAAGGUCAAGGUACGAGUGGAUCGGAAUCGAUUUUGGGAUAGACGACAAUCCAUCAUAAAAAGCAAAAAUGUGGUGGAUCGUCUUGGCAGCGCUCUACAUCGCUUUCGAUUUGAACUACUUCAUUCGGGCAAUCUUCACGGUCGUCGUUAUCCUGUGUUCCAAACGCGGUCUCAAACUGACCGAUACCAUCACGACAUAUGGCAUCUGCACCACACAGGACAUCGACAUGAUGCUGAAUCACAUGAACAACGCGCGCUUCCUGCGGGAGUUGGACUUUGCCCGUUAUCACUGGUAUGGUCGAACCGGGUUUUGGACAAAACUGCGUGCCUUGGGAGGUUCCGCUGUGCAGGCUUCGGUGAUGGUUCGGUACCGCAAGCAGCUCUCGCUGGGUCAUCCGUUCCGGAUAGAGACCAACGUGGUAUGGUGGGACGACAAGUGUAUAUAUUUCGAACACAAAUUCGUCACGUUGUUCGAUGGGUUUGUUCGCGCUGUAGCCACUUCCCGGCAGGCGAUUACGGGGGUGGAGCUGGAUAAAGUGAUUAAGCAGUUUGACGACGGGCAAACAAGACCAGAACAACCGGAGGAGAUACGGCACUGGAUGAACGCUGUGGAGAUAUCCAGUCGGAAUCUGAGGAAAGACCGCUAAAUGUCGGCAAAAUAUCACUUUUUUCUAGUCAUUAUUAUUUAAUUUUUUAGGAUAAUUUCGAGUAUGAAAAUAUUAAACACGAACUUUUUUGAACACCUA